GCCGUUAGUCAUCCACCCGGAAGUGUAGGGACUCAGGUGACGGUACAAGCUGUUGGCGGGGCUGGGUGGACGGUAUGGUUUAGUUAACGCAACAUCUGUUGUUAUAGUAUUAUUGUUGUCUAAAUGCUGCGCAGCAGAAGGUCUGAGUCAAAAUGGCGCAGGUACGAAUGAGAAACCCGAAGGGUGCGAAUGCCACUGAGAUAGAGAAGAAAAUUAAAAGAGGUAACGCUCUGAGGCAGGGAUCUGCGUGGAGGGGGUAUCGAGGACUUGUGGCCUUGCUGCUGGUCGCUCUGUCUGUGUGCGGGGCGGCUCUGUGGUUGUACGUGAUCUCUCUUGACAGUGACAUCGCAGAAACACUGGUCAGGCAGGGCGAACUGGUCUCUCCUCAGCCCAGAGUCUAUACCGUCCAGUGCUCUGAUGACUACGAGAACUACAAGCGCUAUCCAGGAUGCACCCCUCAGAGGUGUGGCCGUGCAGUCACAGACAAUGUGGUAACGAGGGAGGAGGCUCAGAUCCUCAGGAGGCUGGCUGAGAGGGGGCUGGCACUGGCUGGUUCAGAGGGAGGAGCUUCCAUACUGGACCUGCACUCUGGUGCUCUGUCAAUGGGAAAACAGUUUGUCAACAUAUACAGGUAUUUUGGGGAUCAGAUCGGGGAUGUGUUCACACAGGAGGAUUUCCAGCUUUACAGAGACGUACGUGGGCGAAUCCAGGCAGUUAUUGCUGAGACGUUUGGUUUGGACCCGACCCUGAUGUACCUCACCAAGCCCACCUUCUUCUCCAGAAUCAACAGCACAGCAGCCAGGACCCAACACGAUGAGUACUGGCACCCACACAUAGACAAGGUAACUUACGGCUCUUUUGACUACACUUCUCUCCUUUACCUGUCUGACUACGGCUCGGACUUCACUGGGGGAAGAUUCGUCUUCAUGGACCAAAAUGGAAACCGGACAGUGGAACCACGGGCAGGACGAGUCUCUUUCUUCUCCUCCGGCUCUGAAAACCUCCACCGCGUGGAGAAGGUGAUGUGGGGGACACGCUACGCCAUCACCGUGUCCUUCACCUGCGACCCUGCACACGCCAUCUCCGACCCCUCUCUGCCCUGAGGCACCCAUGGGCGACGGCGCUGCCCACCGGCUUGGACGAACCCUGUGACAGAGAAGGGGAACAGGAAGGAAGGACGAGUGGAAAAGAUGAGGAAGGAAAAAGUGAGAUUUUUAUCUGGAGGUUUCACUGCUCACCUUGAUAAACUGUAGCUACACGGUCAAUGCCUGUAAUCUUCUUUUAUUUUCAGAUAUUGACUUUCUGCCCUCUUACUGAUUGUGCUACAGAAAAAAAAGCCACGUUUUCAUCCUCUCUUCUGUAGAGGUGGUUUCUUAUUUGUUACUGUCCGUUGUGCUUUUAUCCAAUUUUCUACUUCAGUUGCUUUUUUUUUUAUUUUUUUUUUUUAUUGCACCUUCUUAAUCGAUAGCAUUAGGCAUGUUUGGGUUCCCCCGCAGGUUUCCACUAUGUGCUCCUCUUGAUCAUUUUGGGGGGACGGCUGGAGCAGAAAUUGCUCCUCGACUGAAAACAGUUUCAAAGAGCUAAAGUGGGAUUGGGUGUUUUGUUUUUUUUUUCUGUGCGUCUCCAUGUGUUUUUCAUUUUAAGGAUUGCGGUCGAUUCCGUGAAGAAGAGAUAUAGAUCUGGUGAAUCACCUACUGAAUCAACCUUUCAUCACAAAAUCCUCACUCAUCCUCGCCCUCACCCCGCGACUCUGGAGGUGUUUUCUUCUAAGAAGAACCCUCUCCUUUUUCUAAGUGUGAUUGCUCCUUCUCGUAUGUUACUCCAGUGUGGUCAGUGAGAACGGUUUGAAAUAAAAUACUGAGGGAACCCGAGAAGCCUCGUCUCUCUGCCCCCGUUUUCAAAGUUACUGGUGUUUCGUCUAUUUUCUCUGCAAAACUAAGACUCAGACUAAUAUUCAGUUUUUAUUAAAAUGCCAAAUAUCAUUCUUGUGUAUACCGUCAUUGAUCGCGGCUUGAGUCUUGUCUGCACUUCCCUUUGUGAGCCAGACUGUUGAGAAAUUGCCUGAUUGAUCAAACACUAUCAUCUCUUCAAGAAAUCGUUGUGCUUGCCUUUCUUGUUUUCCACACAACUUCACAGAAUAAACAACUGUCUCCA